GUAGCAGCCACCUGAUCCGGAGCCGGAGAACCCAAGAAGUCCUGGUCCGGUCCAGUCGCCAUGGGCCGGGGGAGCCGGCGGGGGCCCUCGAUGCUGCCUCUGAUGGUCCUGCUGCUGCUGCUGUUGCCCCCGGCGCUUGCUUUCGGGCCCCGGAUCGUCUUGCCGCUGGGCUCUCCCGAAAGACCGUUGGGCCGAUUCGAGGCCGGCGACAACUCCAACUACACGGCCCUGCUCCUCAGCACUGACGGCCAGACCCUGUAUGUGGGCGCCCGAGAGGUGCUGUUUGCUCUGGACAGCAGCGUCAGCUUCCAGCCAGAUGGGCCCUAUCUGGAGCUGCCCUGGAGAGCGGACGCCGAACGGAAACAGCAAUGCAGCUUCAAGGGCAAAGACCCACAGCGCGACUGUCAGAACUACAUCAAGAUCCUGCUGCCCCUCAAUCGCACCCAUUUGCUCACCUGUGGCACAGCCGCCUUCAGCCCACUCUGCACCUACAUCGACCUUGACACCUUCAGCCUGGCUCGGGAUGGGUCUGGAAGGAUCCUUCUGGAGGAUGGCAAGGGCCGCUGUCCGUUCGACCCCAACUUCAAGUCCACUGCCCUGGUGGUUGAUGGGGAGCUGUACACAGGAACCGUCAGCAGCUUCCAGGGCAACGACCCGGCCAUUUCCCGCAGUCACAGCUCAAGGCCCACCAAGACUGAGAGUUCCCUCAACUGUCUCCAGGACCCAGCAUUUGUGGCCUCGGCCCACAUCCCUGAGAGCUUGGGCAGUGUCCAGGGGGACGAUGAUAAAAUCUACUUCUUCUUCAGUGAGAUCGGCCGCGAGUUUGAGUUCUUCGAGGACACUAUGGUGUCGCGUGUGGCAAGAGUCUGCAAGGGUGACGAGGGAGGCGAGAGGGUGCUGCAGCAGCGCUGGACAUCUUUCCUCAAGGCCCAGCUAGUAUGCUCACGGCCUGGUGAUGGCUUCCCUUUCAACGUGCUGCAGGACGUGUUCACGCUGAGCCCUGGGCCGCUUGACUGGCGGGACACCCUCUUCUACGGCGUCUUCACGUCCCAGUGGCAUGGGGGCACGGCCGAGGGCUCAGCUGUCUGCGUCUUCUCCAUGAAGGACAUCCAGCAGGUCUUUUCGGGGCUCUACAAAGAGGUGAAUCGUGAGACGCAGCAGUGGUACACGGUCACGCAGCCCACACCCUUGCCCCGGCCUGGUGAGUGCAUCACCGACGCGGCACGGGAGCGGGGCAUCAAUUCAUCUCUGCAGCUGCCAGACCGCGUGCUGCACUUCCUCAAGGACCACUUCCUCAUGGAUGGCCAAGUCCGCAGCCGCCUGCUGCUCCAGCAGUCACACGCCCGCUACCAGAGGGUGGCGGUGCACCGAGUGGCCGGCUUGCACCGCACCUACGACGUCCUUUUCCUGGGCACCGGUGACGGGCUGCUGCACAAGGCAGUGAAUGUGGACUCCCAUCUGCAUCUUGUCGAGGGGCUCCAGCUCUUCCCCCCAGGCCAGCCCGUGCAGAACCUGCUCCUGGAUGCCGAGCAGGGGCUGCUGUAUGCUGCCUCCUACUCGGGCGUAGUGCAGGUACCCGUCGCCAACUGCAGCCUUUACCGGAGCUGUGGGGACUGUCUGCUGGCCCGAGACCCCUACUGCGCCUGGAGCGGUUCUACCUGCAGCCCUGUCAGCCACUACCAGCCUGACACGGCCACCAGGCCGUGGGUGCAGGACGUCGAGGGGGCUAACGCCAGGCACCUCUGCAAUGCCUCAUCGUCCAAGGGCCGGACAGACAAGAAGCCAUGCCAGCGGGUCUUCUUCCGGCCGCAUGCCAUGAACACCCUGCCCUGUCCGUUGCUCUCCCGGCGGGCUACCCGGCGUUGGCUGCAUGAUGGGCACCCCCUCAACGCCUCAGCCUCCUGCCUUGUACUGCCAUCUGGGGACCUGCUGCUGGCGGGCACCCCACAGAUGCCCGGACCCUUCCAGUGCUGGGCACUGGAGGAGGGCUUUGAACAGCUGGUGGCCAGCUACUGUCCCCAGGUGAUGCCUGUUGAUGAAGAUGAGGUGGUUCAGGGCAAUGGCAUCGGGCCUGACAUCAGCACGUCGAGGGUGAGCGCACCUGCGGCAGGGGGCCCCUCCCGCCGGGGUGCUGCCAAGUCCUACUGGACUGAGUUCCUGGUCAUGUGUGCCCUGUUUGCUGUGGCCAUGGUGCUGCUGCUGCUAUUCCUGCUCUACCGGCACCGUGGCAACAUGAAGCUGUUCCUAAAGCAGGGCGACUGUGCCAGCAUGCACCCCAAGGGCCGCCCCAUUGCACUGCCGCCCGAGACGCGGCCGCUCAACGGCCUGGGUCCCCCAAGUAUCCCGCUGGACCACCGGGGCUACCAGGCCUUGUCCGACAGUUCACCGGGGCCUCGUGUCUUCACCGAGUCGGAGAAGCGCCCACUCAGCAUUCACGAGAGCUUCGUGGAGGUGUCACCAGUUUGUCCCCGGCCCCGAGUGCGCCUGGGCUCUGAGAUCCGGGACUCUGUGGUGUGAGAACUGGUGCCAGAGGAGGCCACCCUGGUCUGGGCACCAGGAGUAUUUAGAGACAGCUGGCCUGCAGCCAAGUGGCGGAGCUCCUGUGCCAGAAAGCGGGGUCCAAAGGGAUCCAGCCAGAGGGGCUUGCGUAGGGGUCGGCCGUGCCCCGGGUGUGAACUGAGCCCGAUGUUUGGAACACGACCGAAAUGUGAAGCGGGAGAAGAGGCAAAGCCAGGACUGAUGCUUGUGUCUGAGAAGCCCAAUAGUUGCCUGCGACGGGGCUGCUCCCCUCCCGCCCGUCCACCCACACUGCCAUGGCCACUCCCCUGUGCCUCUGCCGCUGCCUCAGGGACCAAGAGCUCGGGGCGCACAGAGCCUCCAGUGCCUGCCCCCGGCUACCUCCUGCACCUCUCCGCAUCAGCCGCCAGACUGCGGCUGCCAGAGCACAGUGGAGAGUGUCCUGUCCUUCCCCUUGUCCUUAAGAGUUCACACUCACUCACCCCCUUCCUGCGUCCCCGGCCCCCCACCUCACGUCUCCCCUACAGGACACUGACAUGCUGGAUAUGGCAUAGAAUAUCUGUGGAUUUUAUACUUUUUGUUUUUUAAAGAAGAUGCACUUUACUUCAUUUUUUUAAAAUAAACUGAUGUGGAAUCAGA